CCCAAAUACACACAUUCUGUUUCCUCUGUCUCUUUUCGAACGUGUCAGUCAACCAGUCAGUCAAUUAUUUUUGUACGUGUGUGUGGUGGAGAUGCCUGAAAGAAGCUGGUAACCAUCUUUCAUAUCUAUGAGCCACGGACACAAUAAUCCCAGACUAGAUCAAAAGGACAAACACUUUUUCGCAGCAAAAUCUCCUCUGUCACUUAACUUCCUCGUAUCACUCCUGUUGCCGUCUAUGAGCUGUGCCGUGGCAGCACAGUGGGCUGUUCUGCAAUCCUGACCCACAGAGAAACUCAGUAAGAGCUCCAAGUAGCAGCAGCAGACACCAUGUCUUCUCCUUCCCUCCCCAUGCCUUCUCUCCCCCCAAGUCCCCUGGCUAUGGAGUACCUGAACGACUUUGAUCUUCUCAAGUUUGAGGUGAAAUCGGACACUCCUCCUCUUCCACCACCAUCCACAUAUCCCAAAUCAGGCCUACCCCAUGAUUCCUCCAGCUCCCCGUACACCAACAACCCUCCACAUGACUCCAGUCUGAGCUCCAGUCCUUACAACUCGCUGCCGCCUUCGCCGACGCUAAGCGAUGUACAUCCGCCACCCUCGGGCUCUUCCUCCAUGUCUUCAUCAUCAUCCUCCAUUUCCUUCCCCCUGUCCCUAUCCAACAGUUUCACCUCUGGGAUCAGUUCUGGGUCCCAGGGAAACGUGGAGUGCAGCCCAGUACAUGGUGGCCCUCAAGGCCCCACUCCCACUUCUCUUGAGGACCUGAUCUGGUUGGCAGCUCUGCAGCAACAGUUUGGAGGUGAGGUAACAGGACCAGCCACCCUAUUAGGAGCUUUGGGAGGAGUGCCAGACAGAGGGGACAGAGAGAGGGGACCAGUUAAUGGUUUUUUGGGCUGCGAGGAUGCAGUUGAAGCUUUGCUGAACUCAGCUGCAGCAGCAGUCAGCUCACAGUUUCCAGGUCUUUCUCAAAGCUCAGGCAGCAAUCUGGGGGACUCCAGCAGUGACAGUGGCAGAGACAUCUCCUGCAACAAGGCGCCAGACAUAUGUCCUCGUCCGCUUGUCUUCCUGUCGUCAGCCACUCAAACGGUCCCUAAUGGUGCCCCUGGUUCAGUUCCUUAUCCACAGCCACUCAGCCCCCAGGCUCGCCUUCAUCACCACCAACAUCACCAUCAUCAUCCACACCAUCCUAUGCAUGCCAACCAUCACCACUCACAGGUAAACCAGCCAUGUGGGGUGAACGAGCGCUUCUCAGAUGAGCAGUUGGUCAGCCUUUCGGUGCGUGAGCUCAACCGGCACCUGCGUGGAGUGAGCAAGGACGAGGUGGUGCGCCUGAAGCAGAAACGCCGGACGCUCAAGAACCGCGGCUAUGCCCAGUCCUGCCGCUACAAGCGCCUGCAGCACCGUCAUGCCCUGGAGUCAGAAAAACAUUUACUCACACAACAGCUAGAACAGCUACAGUGUGAGCUGACUCGGGUGCUGAGGGAAAGAGACGCCUACAAGGCUCGCUACGAGAAACUCCUCAGCACAAACCAAGGUGCUGGCAGCGAGGCCCCUCAGACACGAACCAGUAACCCACCGUCUCCACCCCCGGACUACUUCCUCUGAGUUUAGGUGAUCAACAGAUGAACAAUAACGAAGAGCUUUACAAACCUGAAGCAAUAAGUGAUAAGUUCGGGGUGUGUGCAUGGUUGUGUUUAUGUGUGAGAGGAAUUUUAAAGAAAUUCUUUUUUUAAGUAGUUUCUGGGCUUUAAAAUGAUAUGAAACUCUCUUUACGUGAUCAAAAGAAAAUAAUUUAUAUUUUUUGACUUUACACGUAAAAAGCGUUGUUUUCAUAUCCCCCUAACCUUUUUACAUUUGAUCACAUUUGAAAAUGUGAUUAAACUGUCCAUGUAUUUUAUUUUCAUAUAUAUCGCUGUAUUUUCAAAUAAAUUUAUUUCUGGGCCAUUUCACCGCAUGCUGUGAUGCAAACUAGGAUGUUUUGUUUUUUUCAUCAAAGCAAACACUAGAAGAUAAUGAAUAAUUGUGUUAUGACUAUGAUUUGUAGCAGGGAUCCCACUCUAACUUCCAUUUCACAGUUUACAUCAGUUUAAUUGGUUAAAUUGUGAUGGUCCAUCACAUAACAAUCUUUAAAAUUCAUCUCAUUGUGCAGAUGUUAAGUUACAAGACAUAAAAAAGGCAGGGCACUAAUCAUACAAAUUUCCUGAAUGAACAAAAACACCUGAGAGCUCUCCUGCUUGUGAACAACAUACAAACAAGACUGUGAAAAUUAUUUUAGAACAAUUAUAUAGUCCCUCACACAGCUGUUUUUUUAUCUAGCCAAUUAUAUAACAUAUUUGCUAUGUAUAAUUUUCAUAUGUCCAAAUGAAUGCUCACUGUAGCUUUUUUCCUUCCUUUUUUCAUUUGUACAAUAAGCUGCUAAAGCUGCAGAGGUCUGAGUAGUGCAGUGAUGAUAUGCGGAGUGGUAUGGGAUUGGAUUAAGUCUCCAUGGCAUGCAGUUGAAGAUUUGCCAGCUAAUAUUUCACAGUUGCCUACCAAAGUUUUUAAGCUCAAAAUGACUUUUUAUUCUUUGUAAAGAUUAUAAUAAUAGAUGAAAGAAUGUACAAGGAUACCUUAUAUCCAUCAGUGAUUGUGACAUGGCUCUUGUGAGCAAUUUGAGGAAUCUACUUUUCUUGCUAGGUUAACUUAGUAGUUUUCAGCCAAGGACGGGGACAGUGUAGACUUGUUGUUUGCUUCGAACAAUCUCUUUUACCUGCAAAUGCAGAGAUUUAGGGUUUUGUAAAUAUUUCUAAGUGGGGGAAAACAUAGAAUCAAUUGAUCACAAAGGAAACCAAUAGGUUUGGUAAGGAAAUUUGUGUGCUUGCUUCCAUCUCUCCAAAGAGAAUAAUUUUUUUUUGUUUGUUUGUUUUUUUUGGUGUGCUGGGGGGGUGGGGGGCAAAGAUCAGCUGACACAAAGCAAACCAUGACACCACAGAGCUGGUCACUGUGGACUUUCUUUGAGACCUUCUCUGAGCUGUCUUGUGGAUUUAUACUGAAAGGUUUCAUACUUUAGGCGCUAUUUAUUUUGUGUGGGUGUAGGUUAAAAACAAAUCAAUUGUUCUCUUAUUUAUUCACUUAUUUAUUCAGUAUUUAAUGUUUAUUUAUGUACUUCUAAUUAUUUCACUGGUUUCUUUCCAUUAGUGUGUAUUUUUACUUUCUUACAGUUCAUUAUUUUAUUCUGUUGUGAUUAGGAUUAACAUUAUUACAAAAGCAAUGGCCAACCAAAUGGUUUCU